AGGGGGAGCCGCCGGGCGCUGAAUCCGAGCCCUUCCCCGUCUCCCCUCCACUCCCCACCGCUCCUCGGGGCGGCACGGGGCCGCUGCCGGGAGCCGCCGCCUCUUGGACGAGGCGAAGAGCCAUGGCUGCCGCCCUGGGAGGAGGCGCAGAUGAUGACUUUGAUCAGUUUGAUAAGCCUGGUGCAGAAAGAUCUUGGAGAAGAAGAGCUGGAGAUGACGACUGGGACAGUGAACUUGAUGAUGACUUGCUUGGAGAGGAUUUGCUAACUGGCAAAAAGAAUCAGUCAGACUUGUCAGAUGAAGAGCUGAAUGAUGAUCUUCUGCAAAGUGACAAUGAAGAGGAACAAGAAUUUCGUUCUCAAGGUGUUACAGUUAGCCUCAAUGCUACAUCUAGCAUGCUUCAUACGUCAUACGAACUCUCUGAGACCAUCAACGAUCGAUCAAUAGAACAUGAGUCUGAGUAUGACCAAGGGGAAGAUGAAAUUGGUUAUGACAAAUCUGAAGCACCUGAAGUGUAUGCUUCAGAGUAUGCAGAGGAAGGACAUUAUGAAGGCAAUGAUCCUGAACUGACAGAAGACCAAAUAGAAUAUGGGGAAGAGCCUGGAGAAGAAGAUGAAGUGCUAGACCUUGAAAUCAAUGAGCCCCUAGAUGAAUUUCCAGAUGAAGAUUACAUGCAAUCAUAUGGUCAGCAAGGAAUGGAAGAACAAGAAGAAUAUACAGCUGAUGAGGAGCUGGAGGAAUCUCAGACAAUAGCAAAUGAAUCAGAAGAGGCAGCUAUCGAAUCUCUGGAACUUCAAGAAGAAACAAAAGAAGAAUCUGAUGAAGAGGAAGAUGAUGAUGAAGAGUCUGGACGAUUACGUUUCAAAACCGAACGGAAAGAAGGAACAAUAAUUAGGCUCUCGGAUGUGACAAGAGAAAGGAGAAACAUUCCAGAAACUUUGGAACUUUCUGCAGAAGCCAAAGCAGCAUUGCUAGAAUUUGAAGAGAGGGAAAGGCAACUUAAACAGGGGCGGUACGGCUCAAGGAGAGGAGGGCGAAGAGGAGGCUCCGUUAUGUGCCAUGGAAUGGGAGAACAAAGGAGAGACAACAAUGAUAGGGGAAGAAUGAAGGAUCACAGGCCUGCCCUGCUGCCAAACCAGCCAUCCACAAUGACUCAUUCACAGAGGUUAAUUCCAACACACCAGCAACCUGUUAGGAGUCUGUUCCAGCAGCAGCAACAGCAACAACAACAACAGCAGCAGCAGCAACAACAGCAACAACAACAGCAGCAGCAGCAACAGUUACAAUCUCUGCUUCCUUUACAGCAUCAGCAUCAUUCUUCUCCUCCUCCAGGGCUACAUAUGCCCCCUCAGAUAGAAACGCCUAGAAUAAUGAUGACUCCACCUCCAGUGACUCCGCAGCAACCGAAGAACAUACACAUAAAUCCACAUUUCAAGGGGACAGUAGUGACGCCCGUACAAGUGCCCUUGCUGCCAGUUCCAGCCCAGCCAAGACCUGCUGUAGGACCCCAGAGAUUUCCUGGCCCUCCAGACUUUCAGCAGCAUACGCCUGGACCAGUUCCUACCAACUUCUCCCAAGCCCCAAGGCUGCCAAUCCAGGACCAGUGGAGAGGGCCACCACCACCUCCACCACCACUCCCUCCUCCACCUCCUCAGGAAAGAGAUCCUUUCUUCAUAGCAGAUCCGAGGUUUCCCAGCCAUCACCUGUUUGAGCAGCGGAGCCCCCCUCCACCGCCACCCCCCCCUCUUCUCAACAGCGCCCACCCGGUACCGACCCAGAGCCCCAUGCCCUUCACCCAGCCCGGGCCCGCCUUCAACCAGCAGGGACAGCAGCCCGUCUUUCCCCGAGAGCGCCCGGUGCGGCCCAACAUGCAGCCUCAAGGUCCCGUGGGGAUUCUCCACUUCAACCAGCCGGGCUCGGCCAGCCCCCGGCCCUUCAUCCCUCCCCGCCAGCAGUUCCUGCAGGCCCCGGGACAGCCCUUCCUGGCCGCCCACACGCAGCCCGCCAUGCAGGGUCCCUUGCAUCCCCCAUUACAGCCUCAGCCACAACCUCAGCCUCAGCAGCACCAUCACCAGCAGCAGCAGCAACAUCAACAUCAUCACCAGCAGCAGCAGCAACAACACCAUCAUCAUCUCCAAGGGCCACCACAGCCCUUAAUGCCCAUGAACCAACCACAGUUCAGGCCUCAUAUGCAGGCCACACAGCAGCAGCCAAAUAACAAUAGGAUGCAGUGUCAGCCGCGACAGGGUCCAAUGAAGCCAAGACAUAAUACACCAUCACAAAAUAUUGUCAAGCGUCCAAAUCAGCAGCUACAGUCAACUGCUCCAAGGAAUAGUAACCUGCGGGAGUUGCCGAUAGCCCCGUCACACGCCAUGGAAAUGAGCAACAACAGGCGACCCUCUACCCCAGCGGCUCAGGUCAAACCCAUUACCAGCACCGUGUCUGCCAACAAGUCUGUAGCUGGUGUUGGAAACUCACAGGGAAGGCCUGAGAUGAAAGCUAAAGCAAUCACACCAGUGGGCCAAGCAAAAUCAGAAGUAAAAUCUGAACCAGAGUAUCCCGAUGAAGACGAAGAAACUAGGCUGUAUCGUUUGAAGAUAGAGGAGCAGAAACGUCUAAGAGAAGAGAUUCUGAAGCAGAAGGAGCUGAGACGGCAGCAGCAGGCUGGUGCCAGGAAGAGGGAGUUGCUGGAAAGACUGGCGCAGCAGCAGCAGCAGCAACCUUCUACCCAACAGUCCUACAUGCAGCAGGAGGACGACGACUCCGAGUUCCCCACCAACGGCAGCCCUUACAUCCCCCACUCUGGCUUACAGACCAGGCAAAAUGUGAAAAACAGACUCCUUGUUAAAAAGCAAGACACGGUAGUUCCAAAUGUCCAGUCCAAACCCACAGACUUCCCCCAGGUCGGGGGGAACGUGCAGUAUCAAGGACAGCAGGUGAAGCCGGUGAAGCAGCUGAGGCAGACGAGGACGGUACCUCCCAGUCAGCCUCCGGCACCCCAGAAAGUCUUACAGACCAAACCUGCUGCGGCGUCGGUGCCCACCACACAGACUGCUCGAGUGGCUUCUGUCACAGCAAGGCCCCAGGAACUGAAACCCGGCGUGAAAAGGACUGUCAUGCAGCGGACAAACAGUGGUAGUGGAGAAGGGCCCCAUGUCGGCAGCAAAGUCAGGGUGAUUAAGUUGUCAGGAGGGCAGUACUACUGAGGAUCUCCGACCUCCAUAUAGAAGUAUCACUUGUUAUUUAAGGUAAAAUGGCUUUUCAUCUGUUUCCACAAUAUUCUGUCUUGAGAGGAUUUUGCUUUUUAAUUAUUUUUAUGGAAUUGUAGGCAUUACUAAUUACAUUCCAAGAAAUAUUUGUCUACUUUAUCUGAUGCAUGAGACACAUUAAUUUAUGGCUUCUUAUAUUUAAAAAAAAAGGGAAGUAGAAAAUGACUCAGCAUUUCCUGUAUGUCAGACUAAGUCUGUAUAUGAAAGACUGAGAGAGUUGGGAUUGUUCAGGCUGGAGAAGAGGUGGCUCUGGGGAGACCUUAUCGUGUCCUUCCAGUAUCUGAAGGGGGCCUACAAGAAAGCUGGGGAGGGACUUUUUCACAAGAGCAUGUAGCAAUAGAAUGAGGGGUUAUGGCUUCAGACUGGAAGAGGAUGAAUUUAGAUAUUAGGAAGAACUUUUUCACUAUGAGGGUGCUGAGGCACUGGGAGAGGUUGCCCAGAGAAGCUGUGGAUGCCUCAUCCCUGGGGCCAGGUUCAAGGUCAGGUUGGAUGGGGCUUUGAGCAACCUGGGCUAGUGGGAGGUGUCCCUGCCCAGGGCAGGGGGGUUGGAACUAGAUGAUCUUUAAGGUGCCUUCCAACCCAAACCAUUCUAUGAUUCUGUAUCAAGGUGACAAGUGUUAGGAACCAUCAUUAAUGAUUUUGUCUGAUGCUUUUUAAAACAAAUUCCUUCCCCCACCACCCCCAGCCCCCCAAUGCUGCUCUGCCCAUCCCUUUCUAAUGCUCCUGUAAUUUAUGCAGGAAUGACACUACAGUUAAUAGUUUUCAAUUUUAAUUACUCCUUUAAAGUUUAUGUGCCUGGAAAAUGAGGCAGUGCUUAGUGUUUAGCAGAUGAAUUUUGAGAUUUGUGUUGUGUUUUUGUUUUUUUUCUACAAAGGCCUAAACAUCUUUUGAUGGAUCUGGUCUGCUUUAUGGAUUGUGUGGCAUGUCUUCAGAGCCAUCCUUUCCAGAUACAGAAGUUCAGCAUAUCUGCUGAGUAUUCAUACUAGUAUGUUUUCCUUAAGAAAACGUCUGAGAUUUACCUGGCUUAAUGAGGAGCCUGAAGUCAAUCCUAAGGAUACGUAUAAGAAUAAACUCAGUGAAGUUGUAGAAUGUUGUUUGUUGGGAAGAAACACCCUAACAAAUUGCUUAAGAAUAUGAUAAUAAAAUUAUGGAAAAUACGAGUGAAAGGACCAUGGAAAUAAUUUAUUCUGUCUUGAAGGGGGAACGAACCAACAUUUUUCUAAGAUCUCAUUACUGGAGAUUGCUUUGGCCAUCUAUUCCAGUGUCUGUACAUCUAGGAGAAUUUUCUUUGUAACAAACCCACACAUUUUGUUGCUGCAAUUUUGAAUCCAUGACCUAUUGUAUUAUAUCUCGGGAAAGGAUUUAUAUUUCUCUUUGGCUCUCUCUCUCCUUAAAGACUUCUUAACUGUUUCUGAGCGCUCAUGUCCUUCACUCCCUCUUGAUGGGGUAUGUUUCUAACACCUUGGCUGCUUGUGCUGGUCUCCUUUGGGCUCUCUGUGAUCAGUCUGUCAGUGAAUAGUUCCAGUACCAAGUGCAAUUGAAUUCCUUCAACCAAUAUAUUAGAAUUGUCUUUAGUCCUGGAAGAACAGGUUUGUACCAGCUACAGCCUUAAAUAUCUUAAGAUUGUGUGAAAUAUGUGCUGAACAUGUUUUUCAUUUAGUUGGAGGUUCUAUGGGGAAAUGGUAAUAAUCUAAAAAUCUCUGUAUCAUUCAGUCAUCUUAUAUUGUUGUUGGGUGAUUUCUCUCUAGCCAGAAAAUGGCCUGCCAUGCUCAAAGAGAUGUGUGUCUGUCCCAAACGCCUGAAAAUGCUGGUUCUUAUGCUGCACCAAGAACACACCAUUCUUUGUCUCUGUGGAGAACUGCACAAUGAGCUUUUUUUCUUAAAUACAUAUAUAUAUAAAUACAUUGAGAUCUCAGUGUUCCCUGUUGGAUUAGAAGCCGUAUCUUACUCGCAGUCUUAAUUCCUGAAAACCCGAAAUGCUCUAUCUGAAAAGCUUGAAGAGUCGACAAGUUCUUUUGUUUUAAAGGCCUGUCACAAAAAAUGACCUUGAAUUGUAAAAAGAAAAAGAGACUUGGAAUGGAAUAUAGACAACUUUAUUCGUAUUUAGAGUAACUGGGAAGUGUGAGAGAUGAAUAUGGAAUUCUAAAUAUGGAAAAAGAUACUGAUUGGGAUGAUUCUUGUUUGAUAAUGUAACCUUAUCAACAAACUUUGCUUAAUGUUUGUACUUGUUUCUACUUGCAUGUGUAUGUUCAAGUU